AUUCCAUUCCGUAACGUAAUUCCCCGCCUCCAGACCAGUUUCCGCUCUCCUGAGAGAAAACACUCCGCCUGCAAAUCAUCGACGACCGCAGGAAAGUUUAAAUAUAGCCUACAAAAAGAAUACAAUCGGAUUUGUUAACGUUUGCGUUAUCGCUGAUUCUACGCUGGAAAUCCGGAUAGAGCUCGGUCGCAGUAGUCGAGGGAUGGCUGAAAUGAGGAUGAGCUGAACUCGAGCUGGUACAGUUACGGUCUCUCCGCUGAAGGCUCGAAGGCACCAUCCAAUUCCUUAUCUAAGUGAUCGUCACAGCAUCACCAUGGCUCGCGGCUGCCUCUGCUGUGUCAAAUACAUGCUGUUCCUUUUCAACCUGCUCUUCUGGUUGGGGGGCUGUGGUUUGUUGGGUGUGGGGGUGUGGUUGUCUGUGUCUCAGGGCAGCUUUGCCACCCUAUCACCAUCCUUCCCCUCCAUCUCCGCCGCCAACCUCAUCAUCACCCUGGGUGCUGUCAUCAUGGUUACAGGCUUCCUGGGUUGCCUGGGUGCCAUCAAGGAAAACAAGUGUCUGCUGCUGAGUUUUUUCAUCACGUUGUUGGUUAUUCUGUUGGCGGAGCUGAUCCUUCUCAUCCUGUUCUUCGCAUACACAGACAAGGUGAGUGAGAACGCCAGACAGGACCUGAAAGAGGGACUUGCUCUGUACAGCACCGACAACAACGCUGGCCUCCGCAACGCCUGGAACACCAUACAGACAGAGUGGCAUUGUUGUGGGGUGAAUGGGUACACAGACUGGCACACUGCCCUGCAGGAGAAGGUGGUUCCUGACCGAUGCUGCCAGGAUAUCUACCAGGACUGUGGGCGCAAUGCCACCAACCAGUUCUGGACACAGGGUUGCUAUGAGAAGGUGGAGGAGUGGCUGGAUGACAAUAAACACCUGCUGGGAACCAUCGCCAUGUGUGUUCUGGUCAUACAGCUCCUGGGUAUGGCCUUCUCCAUGACUUUGUACCAGCAGAUCCACCGAUCCGGGAAGAAGUAUGAAGCUUAACACACACACACACAGGGUUUGAGACCUAUUACUUUUAUACAAAAUUAUACUC